AUGGGGUCAAAGCCUCAAGAACCUGAAUACGAAUGCGUUGAUAUCUACAAACAACCUUCGCUACAACACCCUAAACUCCAAAAUCACCGAAUCCAAAUGAGACCGAGCGAUGAAGCCUUAGCCAUGCUCUCAGGAGAUACAUCAUCAGAAAACUUAUCAAACGAUGAAAUGGUUGCUGAGUUUGAUAUACCAGAAGAAGGAUGUCCUCAAGGACAAGUACCAAUCCAUAAACCAAGAAAUAAUUUCAACCACACCGAGAAACAUUUUCAGCCUAUUAAUGGAUUUGGAACUGUUGGUCAACAUGCUGCGGUAAUGAAGAAAAUCGAUGCCACCCCGUGGCGUGGAGCAUCAGCAUGGAUAAGUAUUUACCAACCUAAAUUGACAAAUAAAGAGCAAUUCAGCAUGGCUUUCAUUUGGCUCAAUACUGAGUAUGAAGGCGAACGCACCAGUGCCCACUUUGGUUGGGCUGUGAUUCCUGCACUAUAUGGCGAUAGCCGUACACGACUUACUGCAUACUGGAGUCAAGAUACAUUCGAAAGCGGAUGUUACAAUAUAAAAUGUAAGGGUUUCGUUCAAAUUGAUAGGAGACUCUUUCUUGGAGCCGGUUUUGCGAACACCUCUGUGGUGGGAGGCCAAAAUUUUAAAGCUUUUUUUGCAAUCAAUCAGGAUCCAAAAACAAACAAUUUGCUGCUGACAGUGGGGAAGAUUUACUUAGGGUAUUGGCCAGAGGAACUUCUACCUUUUUUCACUGAAGGAGCGGAGUCAGUUAUAUAUGGUGGAUUGACGAAUGCUCCAUCUGAUGGCAUUCAACCCUUUAAUAUAGUUAGCCCACCGAUGGGUAACGGGAACAAACCGCUGGAUGAGGAAGUUGAUCUAAAGCAUACUUGUUAUAUGCACUCUCUUAAAUAUGUGACACAAGAUUACAAGAGUGUCGAUGUUGAUACCAACAAGGUCGCCGAAGUUGCGGACGCAGGUAUAUGUUACGACGCGAUUUAUUUUGAUAAACUUGGGGGGUAUGGACAAACGUUUACCUUCGGUGGACCAGGUGGUCAUUGUGAUGUGUGAUCUUCCUUUAUGUGAUACUUUGAUAUUUCACUUUUAUUCAAUAAAACAAUAUUUAAAUUUCU